GCGUGCAGCAUCGGUGCAUCCACGGCACGUUCCGCACUAUGGGAGUUGCCGCAAUGGAUCUCACCAGAACGGCGCAACGCGAAGUCAUCAACAGUCCUCGAAUACCCAUCGUCCCACGCUUUAGCCAGGCGAUCCGUGUGGGCAACACUCUUUACGUAUCUGGCACGAGGGGCAUCGACCCACGAACGGGCAAAGUCAUCGCAGGUGGCAUCGUGGAGCAGACGCGACGGGCCCUGCAAAAUCUGAAAUGGAUUUUAGAAGCCGGACGAAUGACUAUAGGAGAUGUGGCAAAGUGUACGGUGUUCAUCACUAACAAGAAUGACUUUGACGCUGUGAAUGCAGAGUACAUAAAAGUUUUCAGCAAGGCGCCACCAGCCAGGACCGUCGUUCAAGUUUCGUGGCUGAACGAGGAUUCGCUCGUCGAGAUCGAAGCCAUCGCAGUUGAUACGAAAAUGACGUGUCGCUUCACACCAAUUCAGUCUCGCCUCUAGUUGUGGCUACUUGGAAUUUCUGCAUUAAAGAACGAUAAUCGAAGCUUGCA